UAAUCUUGAUAAAGUCGAUACAUUUCACAAUAUCUAAUCGAAAAUCCCCAAACCGAAUGUUUUCUUUCGUAACCGUUAGUUCCGCCAAUGCAGUCAGCUGGUUAUAAUGCUACGCCGGCGAGUCAGGUGGUGGCGGCGGCGGUGGCGGAGGAAGGGCAAGAGAAACGUGGUUGCCUAGCUAGUGUCAAGUAGAUGUGUUGGUUGUGUAGAUUGUAGAACAGUCGCCGCGCAUUUCGAUCAAUAUACUUAAAACGACCGUUUCGUACAUUUCAACUUUUCUUAUUAUGUCAAAUACCGUAGUAAUUAUUAAAACAAUGCCGUCCGGUACUAUUCAAUUAACGAGGUCACUUCGCAAUCACUGAUGACGGUCAUGCGGUUUUUAAUCGAGCUGGCAAUUCCUAAACGGCACGUGCAUUUCGCUAUAAAUACAAUUUAUUUCGAUCAGUGUUUUCCGGAUUAUAUGUCUGUUGAUGAAUCGGAAGGUCAUUAACUCGAUUAUGUACCAAAAACGUACUAAAUACCUGUGAUAAACAUUUAUAUAUAUUUAUAUAAAUAUUUUUAUUUGAUGGUGCCUUUUAUGUAUCGGUAUAGUAAUUGUUUUGACUCCGAAAAGAACUGAUUGUGUUUUUAAUUUAUAACGUUGCUCGAAAAUUAUGUCUGCGUACGAAUUUUGUGGUCGGACGAUUAACAUUCUGUGAUGUUGUGCUUUAUACAAGGUUUAGAUGAAAAAUAUGCUAUUAAAGAAGCUGGCAUUAAGGAACAUAAACUUUAUACGGCCAAAAAGAUAUUUAUGUUGCGAAAAUCCAGGUCCUCUGGUAAUUUCGGGAGCGCGGGGGCACGUUCCGCUCCGAGUACGCCCCUCGAACAACAAAUUCUUGGCAGUCCCGCACUAUCUCCGGACGUUCUUUCCAACUCGCCGACAUCUGUAGUCUAUCAAACUAGUCCAAGCCAUGCAUUAUUCACUAAGUGUGACAAAGCGUCUUUGAAACAUCUGUCGACGUCGACGCCGGUGAUGACGGCGCAGGCGCAAAUUACCGAACCUCCUAGUCCUAAAACAACCAAAGACCCCAAAAUUCGCACCACCUCGAAAGCGCGACAAAAAAAAUUCCUUCGACAUUUUCCCAACGUCGAAGACGACGAAAAAGUAUUGAAUCAUUAUUCGUGCGCACUUAUCGGAGAUAUUUUAUUACAGGGCCACCUCUAUAUUACUAAAAAUUACUUCGCUUUUUAUUCCAACGUAUUCGGAUAUGUUACCAAGCUCUUAAUUCCGAUACUUACUGUAGAAAAUAUAACGAAAGAAAAAACAGCCAGGAUAAUACCUAACGCCGUCGGUGUUUCGACUAGCGAGGAUAAGCACGUAUUCGGUAGUUUAAUAUCGAGAGAUAAUACGCUGAUAUACAUGAGAACGGUAUGGCAGAAAGCCAAAAAUGCAUAUCCCGUUAUAAUAGAGCCGGAAAUCGAAGAACCGGAUUUGGAUUCCAGUGAUUCAGUAGAAGCGGAAAGCGGUAGGGAUUCGCCGCCUAUCGAAAUAAAGCCUAAAUUUUCUCUAGUUAAAAUUAUUCCUAAAGGACGUCGACCUAGUGACGUAGAUGGCACGCAAUACGACUCUGCAGGCUUUAUUAGCGUCCUUAAACAAUCUAUAAUAGAAUUUCGCAAAUUACCACGUCAGAGUCUCAUCUUGUGCGCCACAACUUUAUUGCUCAUUCUUCUUUUUUUCUCAGCUGGUAUAUUACUUUAUCGAAUUAGCAAAAUACAAAACAAAUACUCAAUGGUAUUCCACGAGAACAUGAUCAAAGGCUCUAACGAUGUCUACAGCGACCUCUUGCAGUGGCAUUCCCAAAUGCAUUCGAAAUCAGCGGGAGCCGUUAAUAAUUUCUUAGAUUCGAAUUUGGUUUUAAUUGCUCAGGUUAGGCAGUCCUUAGAAGCGUUAUCUUCGAUUCUCGUACAAUCCAGCAGUACUCAAGGUCACGAAUCUGAUCCAAAACCUUUAGAAGCGUCCAAAGAUAACAGUUAGCCAACUAGUCAGUCCUACAUCAUCAACAAAUCUUUUAGAUGAAAAAAAAAAACAACUAAAA